AUGUUUAUGCUCUUGGAGGUGCGUAUUAUAACAGGAAUUCUGGAGUAUCCACAGUGGAUGAAAUUUCGGAUUUGUAACAUCUAUCCAGCCACAUUUUGUCGAAUGUUACACUUGUGCCAUACUCUACACAUUGAUUAUCUAACAGAGUGUGUACAAGUUCUUAAUGAAAACUUACUUGACCUGAAAAACAUGAUGGAUGGAAAUUCGAAUAACUCGCAGCAAAACGAUAAAUCUCGAGCGGAAAUUAUACAAAAAGUUCUUGAGAGAUUAUUAGAUUUGAAGGAAGACUAUUGCAUUAUAUGGAAAACUUCACUAUUAAUCAACAGAAGAUUUGCAUGGAGUCAAGUUUUCAAUAUUAUUAGUAACUUCAUUCAACUUUCUUGUGACCUAUAUUGGAUCGUACUUUGUUUUUUCGGUAUAAUAAACUGCAAAGUACUUCUUGAAAUCGUAUUAUGUCUCGUUUUGGCACCAACCGUGUUAUCAUUGAUGCUGACAUCCGCCAAUCGCUGCAGUACUAAAAGCUCUAAAGUAGGAUCAUUGCUACACAAAAUUCCGAUACACGGUGAAUGGGAACUGUACGAGGUAGUAGACAUCUUAUCAAUACAAAUAAGUCAACAACCUAUUCGAAUUUCGGCAUACACUUUGAUGGACUUCAAGUACUCACUGGCAACUAAGGUAAGAUAG